GCCACGUGACAUCAUGGUCAAAGCAUGACGUCUCAGAUCCGUCUGGACAGAGAAAAUGGCGGAAGUGGAUGAGUUAAGUAAACCUAUGUUUGCAGGUCUGUCAGAUGUAUCCAUAUCAGGAGACAUCCCUGUUGAGGGGGAGAUCAAUGUGCCGGUUGGAACCCCCAGUCAUGAUGACGAAUACUCCACACUGGAUGAACCUGUCAAAGACACCAUAUUACGAGAUCUGAAAGCAGUGGGGAAAAAGUUUGUUCAUGUGAUGUAUCCUAAGAAGAGUUCAACGCUACUGAGAGACUGGGACUUGUGGGGCCCAUUAUUGCUCUGUGUGACACUGGCUCUGAUGCUGCAGGGGGGUUCAGUUGACAGUAAGGAAGAUGGAGGGCCCCAGUUUGCAGAGGUGUUUGUGAUCAUCUGGUUUGGAUCUGUCAUCAUCACACUGAACUCAAAGCUGCUGGGAGGCACCAUAUCGUUUUUCCAGAGCCUGUGUGUGCUAGGCUACUGCAUCAUGCCUCUGACUGUGGCAAUGGUUGUCUGUAGGCUGGUGCUGCUGGGUGGGUCUGGGAUGGUCAGCUUCAUCGUUCGACUGAUUGUGGUCACAGCAUCAUUCAGUUGGUCCACGUUUGCCUCUACAGCUUUCUUAGCAGAUAGCCAGCCUUCUAAUCGCAAAGCUUUGGUGGUAUAUCCCGUCUUCCUCUUUUACUUCGUUAUUGGAUGGAUGAUUCUCACGUUCUCACCGUCUGCGUAACAGUGGACUUGUCUCUAAACUGGACUUAACACAAUCCGUUUAGAAUAGAAGGAUACAAAUCAACACCAUGUAAUUUGUGGAAGAUGAGGACCAUGAUGUGUUGGGGAUACUCUUGGUGUAAAACGUUGUGCAUUUUCCUUUGGUGCCACAAGGAAAAUAGUGAGAUUUGACCAAAGUGCACAGUUCUUUGCCUCUCUCUCUUUUUGUUUCCAUUAUUGCUAAGCUCAGCUAAGACAUACAGUGGAGUACAAUGCAUACAAAAGAGUCAGUGAGGCUUUUCUGAUAUCCUUACAGGGACUAUCUGCUUGAUUAACAGGCUCUCUGUCUCACAUGAAGAGAUUACUUCUAGUACGCUAGCAGUAGUAAAGGGGACCAUGAGAUCUAUAUUCUAUGUGACAUGGUCCAUUUACCUAUAUCACUGACUAAUAUGUGAUGCCAGUGUGUAUGUAUACUGUACACUGCCUUAUGCCCCAUUUUCAACAUUUCUUAGGUUUCUGUUUUUUAAAUAUUAUUUACAAGUAGUAUUCUCAUUUAAAAAUGAAGUUUUGAUUAUCCAAGGAUAGUAAGUGGCAGUGUUGUUCAAUUUUCAUAUGAGCAACAUUUAAAAUGAUGUAUAGUAGGUGGCUGUAGUUAACAUUUACUGGGGAAGGUUAUGUUAUUAUAUAUUUAUAAAUGCCCUGUUCUCUCUCAGUAAUUUAAUAUAAUUCUAUUUAAACAGAAAUGUGAAAAUAAACUAAUUCUCCAAAAUCUGAAUAA